GAGCAGGCGAGAGGCUUCUCGGCGCAGCGUCUCCGCGCGACCAGCUGCCGGGUGCCAUGGCCGCCGAUCGGCGCGGGAAGGCCGAGACUCUGGCCCUGAGGCGGCGGCUGAUAAGCGAUUCUUGCAGACUCUUUUUUCCGGAGGAUCCUAUUAAGAUUGUCCGGGGUCAAGGACAGUACUUGUAUGACGAACAGGGUGCAGAAUACCUGGAUUGUAUCAACAAUGUGGCUCAUGUCGGGCACUGCCACCCUCUCGUGGUCCAGGCCGCACACGGACAGAACCAGGUGCUCAACACCAACAGCCGGUACCUGCACGACAACAUCGUGGACUACGCACAGAGGCUGGCAGAGACCCUGCCGGAAAAGCUCUGUGUGUUUUAUUUCCUGAAUUCUGGGUCAGAAGCCAAUGACCUGGCCCUGAGGCUGGCCCGCCAGUACACGGAACACUGGGACGUGGUGGUAUUAGACCAUGCUUACCACGGUCACCUGAGCUCCCUGAUCGACAUCAGUCCCUACAAGUUCCGAGACCUGGAUGGCCAGAAGGAGUGGGUCCAUGUGGCACCUCUGCCAGACACCUACCGGGGUCUUUACCGGGAGGACCACCCCGAUCCAGCUGGGGCCUACGCCAGCGAGGUGAAGCGCGUGGUGAACAGCGUGCAGGAGAAGGGCAGGAAGAUCGCAGCCUUCUUUGUGGAGUCUCUGCCCAGUGUUGCGGGGCAGAUCAUUCUCCCGGCCGGCUACUUCCCCGAAGUGGCAGAGCACGUCCGCAGGGCUGGAGGGCUCUUCAUCGCAGACGAGAUUCAAGUGGGCUUUGGCCGAGUAGGGAAGCACUUCUGGGCCUUCCAGCUACAGGGAGAAGACUUUGUCCCCGACAUUGUCACCAUGGGCAAGUCCAUUGGCAAUGGCCACCCAGUAGCCUGUGUGGCCACAACCCAAGCUGUGGCAAGGGCCUUUGAAGCCACCGGCGUCGAGUAUUUCAACACGUUUGGGGGCAGCCCGGUGUCCUGCGCCGUGGGCCUGGCUGUCCUGGACGUUCUGGCGAAGGAGCAGCUGCAGGCCCACGCCGCCUCCGUGGGCAGCGUCCUGAUGGGGCUCCUCGGACAGCAGAAAGCCAAACAUCCCAUCAUCGGGGACGUCAGGGGCGUCGGGCUCUUUAUUGGUGUGGACCUGAUCAAAGACACGGCAACCAGGACACCAGCAACUGAAGAGGCGAACUACGUGGUGUCCAGGCUGAAAGAGAACUACAUUUUGCUGAGCACUGACGGCCCUGGGAGGAACGUCCUGAAGUUUAAACCCCCGAUGUGCUUCAGUGUGGACAACGCGCGACACGUGGUGGCCAAGAUGGAUACCAUCCUGACAGACAUGGAAGAAAAGGUGAGAAGCUGUGAGACGCUGAGGCUCCGGCCCUAGGCAGCCCUGCCACGUCACAUCCUCCCUCCCCCAGAAGAAAUGAAGCACCCCCACUCGAACACACCGAGGCGGCGACCCUGACCUCCGGCUUUGAGGAAGAAAGCCACUGACGCUCAGGGCGGGGCUUCCCUGCAGCCACACUGCUCCCCCCUUCCCCCAACCACUGGCCUGUUGUUGGGAAGGGCCAGAUAGCGGUGUCCCCUUAGGAGCCAAAGAGUCAGUUUCCUUUUUGCUCAAAAAUCUGCCCACUGCGGGUGGGGUUAGGGUCAGGGACCUCCCACCACCCAGCGCUCUUGUAAGUAAAUCAGUUUACUUUUUAAAGUACCCUAGCACAUAUACUCCCCUAAUUAGGACCUGUAAAAUACCAUUUUAUACGGUACGUCACCAUAUAAGCAUACUCUAACGAACCAGGAAACCACCCCCACCAAGUGAUGCCAUCUGAUGUCUUCUGUUUAAUUAAAA